GUCUCCCACUCCCACUCCCACACACCCUGGCGAGAAAGCGAAGAGGGCAGAAUGGCCAGAGUGAUACCAACAAAGAGAGGAACUUAAAGCGCGUAUUUCUCCCCCACACCUAUCUUCUGUGCGCGGGCAAGCUCGCGUGUAGCCGGCGAGCAGGCUGGACGGGACGGCGAGGACACCCACCUCCCUCAGCGGCACACAUGCUCACACGCCCACGGACACCAUGCUGGUCCAGGGAGCGGUGACGCCGGGCAGGACCCGCCGGCUGAUGCUCAAGCUGCCGGUGGGGACGCUCAGGAGGAACAGCGGAGAGCGGAUGACGGAGGGGAGGCGAUGUCAGGUCCAUCUCCUGGACGACAGGAAGUUGGAGCUCCUGGUGCAGCCUAAAUUGAUGGCUAAGGACCUCCUGGACCUGGUGGCCUCUCACUUCAACCUCAAGGAGAAGGAAUACUUUGGAAUUUCAUACACAGAUGAAACGGGCCAUUUUAGCUGGCUUCAACUGGACCGCAGAGUAUUAGAGCAUGAAUUCCCCAAGAAAUCCGGACCCAUUGUCCUCUACUUCUGCGUCAGGUUCUACAUUGAAAGUAUUUCAUACUUGAAGGACAAUGCCACGAUUGAGCUGUUUUUUCUCAACGCAAAGUCCAUCAUCUACAAGGAGCUCAUUGAAGUGGACAGCGAAGUUGUCUUUGAGCUGGCGUCCUAUAUUCUCCAAGAGGCUAAGGGUGAUUUCACCAGUAAUGAUGCAACCAGGUCUGACCUGAAAAAGCUGCCUGCUCUGCCCACCCAGGCCCUAAAGGAGCACCCAUCCCUUGCCUACUGUGAGGAGCGGGUCAUAGAACACUACAAGAAGCUCAGUGGACAGUCCAGAGGGCAGGCCAUUGUAAACUAUAUGAGCAUUGUCGAGUCCCUGCCCACAUAUGGAGUACAUUACUACGCCGUAAAGGAUAAGCAGGGGAUCCCUUGGUGGCUGGGCCUGAGCUAUAAAGGCAUUUUUCAGUAUGACCAUCAGGACAGAGUCAAGCCCAGGAAGGUGUUCCAAUGGCGUCAACUGGAGAACCUUUACUUCAGAGAGAAGAAGUUCUCCGUGGAAGUUCACGACCCCAGGAGUAGGGCGUCUGUGACACGGAGGACGUUUGGUCAUAGUGGCAUCGCUGUGCACACCUGGUACGCCUGUCCAGCCCUCAUCAAGUCCAUCUGGGCCAUGGCCAUAAGCCAGCACCAGUUCUAUCUGGACCGCAAGCAGAGCAAGUCAAAGAUCCAUGCCGCACGCAGUCUGAGUGAGAUUGCCAUCGACCUCACCGAAACGGGAACGCUGAAAACCUCCAAACUGGCCAACAUGGGCAGCAAAGGGAAAAUUAUCAGCGGGAGCAGUGGCAGCCUACUCUCGUCAGCAGGCUCUCAGGAAUCAGACAGCUCCCAAACAGCCAAGAAGGACAUGCUGACAGCACUGAGGGCCCGGCAGGAUGCUCUGGAGGAAACGCUGAGGCAGAGACUAGAGGAAUUAAAGAGCAUUUGCAUCAGAGAGGCUGAACUGACAGGGAAACUUCCUAAGGAAUAUCCUCUAGAUCCAGGAGAGGAACCCCCUACAGUGAGGCGGAAGAUCGGUACCGCCUUCAAACUGGAUGAGAAGAAAAUUCUUCCUAAGGGGGAGGAAGAGGAGCUGGAGCGCUUGGAGCGGGAGUUCGCCAUUCAGUCCCAGAUCACCGAGGCAGCCAGGCGCCUUGCCAGCGAUCCUCACGUCAGCAGCAAGAAGUUGAAGAAGCAAAGGAAGACGUCUUAUCUGAACGCGCUGAGGAAGCUUCAGGAAAUUGAGAACUCUAUCAAUGAAUACCGGGUUCGCUCUGGGAAGAAGCCGACACAGAGGGCAUCGCUUAUAAUAGAAGAGGCUAACAUUGGCUCAGAAGACAGUUCGCUGUCUGACGCUCUGGUCCUGGAUGACGAUGAUCCUCAAGUUACCGGUACCCCCAACUUCUCCCCGAUGGCUUCGCCUCACAAAGGCCUUCCCCCGAGGCCACCGUCUCACAGUCGUCCCCCACCGCCGCAAUCCCUGGAUGGACUGCGGCACCUGCACUAUGCACGCACGGAUUACGAUAAAUCGCCGAUCAAACCUAAAAUGUGGAGUGAGUCCUCACUGGAUGAACCUUAUGAAAAGGUCAAGAAGCGCUCCUCUCACUCCAGUCACAGACGAUUCCCCAGCUCUGGCAGCACAGAAGCAGGAGGUAGUAACUCUUUGCAGAGCAGCCCUAUCAGGAACCUCCCUCAAUGGAACUCUCAGUCCAGCAUGCCGUCCACCCCGGACAUGAGGACCAGGACGCCACACUACGUACAUUCCACUAGGUCGGUGGACAUCAGUCCCACACGUCUGCACAGCCUCGCUCAGCACUUUAGAAACCGCAGCUCCAGUCUGGAGUCCCAGGGCAAGCUCUUGACUUCGGACCCUGAUGCACACCCACACGCCCUCGGCACGCUGGGCAGCCCUGACUUUUUCUUGGGCCCAACACGGAGCUCUAAUGGCUCUGACCCGUUGGAUGAUUGCUCUUCCUGCACCAGCCAGAGCAGCUCGGAGCAUUUCUACCCGUCCGGCGGGCCCCUAGCCCCCGGCACCAAUCCCAACUAUUCCACCCUUGGUGAGGACUCGCCUUCAAAAGCUAGGCAGAGGCAGCGGCAGAGGCACAGGUCUGCAGGUCAUCUGGGCUCCUCUAACUCCGGCUCCAUGCCGAACUUGGCAGCUAAGAACGGCUCUGUUGGAGGAUCAGGCGGAGGCGGCAUAGGCGGAGGAAACCACGGAGUCUACCUCCACAGCCAGAGCCAGCCGUCCUCCCAGUACCGCAUCAAAGAGUACCCGCUAUACGUGGAGGGGAGCCCCAACCCGGUGGUCGUGCGCAGCCUGGAGAGCGACCAGGAGGGCCACUACAGCGUCAAAGCCCAGUUCAAGACCUCCAGCUCUUACACGGCGGGUGGACUGUACAAGGAGGCAUGGGGAGGAGAGGAGGGAGGGGAGGGCGGCGGCCGACUAACGCCGUCCCGCUCGCAAAUUGUACGGACUCCAUCAUUGGGGCGCGAGGGGAGCGGAGGGGGUCGGGCGGCAGUGUCAGAAGAGCUGCGCUGCUGGUACCAGAGGUCGUCCGGGAGCCUGAAGGAGAGGAAUCACUCCCAUUCAGGAUCCACCUCAUCCGAAACAGGGUCACAGCAAGGCACACUAGGACACGGGCGGGGCAGUCGGGUAGGAACGCUCGCCAAAGGCUCACCAGUUGCAUCCCCACACAGCCAGAGGAGUAUGACACCCUCUGGUGACCAGACCGCCACACCCACUCCGCCUUGCAGUCCACAGCACAUCCUCAACUGGCAGAGCGGAGGCACAGCAGACAGCUCUCCUACUGAGGACGUCUGUCCGUCUCCUCUUCAGUCCGGCUCUGGUGUCUAGAGGUCCUUCACUGACAGCUGCUUCCUCGGCAGCCCUUCGUGUUCAGAGCUGGCAGACGUGCAGUGGUACAGACGCGACAAGGCCAAACCUGGAACCCUGGUCUGAGACCCUUGGAAAAAAAAAACCCACUUGGAGAAGUCCUGGUAGUAUUGAAACCUUCCGUGCACCGUCCUAGACCACGUCCCGCUCACAACAACCAAGAACCUCAUCGCUAAGGCCUGACAUAUCCAUCCCGACUUUUUCCUCCCACAAGGGAUCAAGCGGCUCGGCGUAGUAGAUGUGGAAAGAGCACGGUCACCCAUUCCCAAUCAUCACUUUCCCAUUCGUCCCUCUUAAAAACUUUAAUCCACUCGAGAAGAUUCCUGCUGUUUUUGAGCCACCAGUCUAAAACAAAAAAAAAAACAUACUCCUGCAUAUAUAUUCUAAAUUGAAAAAAUGCAUACAUUUAUCGGAACAACAAUGAGGUUUCUCCUCCUCUUCCCAGUUUAACCCACAACCAAAGACUGCAUUCACUGAUCAGGCCAGGGUUCCCUUGCAGAAACGCAAUGGAAAGAAGGCGACCCAGACUAUAGCAAUAAAACUUUGUGGGAAUUGUGUGGUGACCAGGCGGACAGUGUCGUGCUUGUCGGCUUUGGGCCUUCAUCUCCGCUUCCUUCUUGCAACGUGUUCAGCGGUGAUCGGUUCAUGGAGUCACUGCUGAAUUGAAGGACUAUUACAUUCAGUAUUGGAUCUUUAAUGGAGGAAGUCAACCUUUCUGACUCUACUGUGUCUCUUGCUGCUACAUUAUGAUACACCUUUUCCACUUUAGCGUGCAGAUUUAGUCCAGAGCUCCAGUCGACACUUACCAUUGACCUGAGGGAACAGGAAAUCAUCUAAACCAGUGGCCCCUAU